UGAUGUGUAGCACAAUUUACCCACCAUUGCCAUCGUAGCCCUAAGCCACCCGCUCUUCGGGCGGCGGCGCACGGUUCCCGGCCACCCUCUUCCCGUCCCCAGUCCAUCCUCACCGCUCACCGGCAGACGGCCCAACCCCCGCCUCUUCCUCACUGUCCUCUCCUCGCUCCUCACCGCCCGAAAGGCCUCCGCCACCGCCUCCCUGCUCCUCUCCCCCCGUCCCAUGGCUCUCGCUUGUGCGUCCCACGCGCGCCGCCUCCUCUUCGCCGGCCCGGCGAGAUCUUUCCACGCCCAGCCCCACCAAGCCAAGGUCGGCGUGGUGGAGUUCUUGAACGGCGUGGGGAAGGGCGUGGAGGCGCACACCGCGAAGGUGGAGGACGCGGUCGGCGGCGACCUCCAGAGGCUCCUCGAGUCCCGCACGCUAAGGCUCAAGAAGCUCGGCAUCCCCUGCAAGCAUAGAAAGUUGAUUUUGAGUUUUGCCCACAAGUUUCGUCUUGGUCUCUGGAAGCCCCGAGCAGAAUCCAGGAAAGUGGAAUGAAGUUGGCUUGUUCUUGAAAUGCUUACAUCAAUCUGCUGCUGUUGGACUCAAGCAUGCUUGAUACAUUGAAUAGUUGCUAUGUAAUUUAGAAGCACAAUCUUAGUGUUUUCUCUAGCCAUGCUUUUUUGCAACCAUUGCACAAAAUAAAUAAAAAAUACCUGUGGCUUGCUUUU